AUGACGAUGAUGUGGCUUGGACCCGCCACACCAUGUACCGCCCACCUCGGGCUCCUCAACCUUGCAUCUCCAUCCAUCCUCACACGACCUGAACCAGGCAGCUGCGGAGCUGCCCCUCCCUUCCUCUCCUGCGCCAUGGAUCCCGAGGAAUCGACGUCGCCUGUCGGCCACGACGAGCCGUACCCGCCUCGCCCCAUGCCGACCAACCUGCCGACUUCUCUCAACGACCGCCGGCAUGCGCCUACAGAAUACAUCGUCCCCGAGACGGAAAUAUACGAUGGCUGGCAAGGCGAAAGUCAGUUUCUGACGACACCGGCCGUAGCAAAGCCGCUCAACUUUGCCAACCUUUCUCUCAACGACAACGACUACGAGGGCGACGUUCCAAAAGGUCCCAAGGACAGCGACGCCCGACUCAUGGAGAUGCUCGCAGCCCAGGCUGCUGCUCAGCAGGCAGGCCACGGCGCCGAAGACGACAGCACCAUUGCCGAAAGCGACAAGAUACCCGAAGCUGAGAAAAAGGACACGCUACAAAAGUCUCUCAACAUGGCUGCCAGCAAUGGCGACGUAGAAAAGAUUGCAAAAAUGCUUGCAGGCAAAGCGAAAAUAUACGUCGACGUCAACGCCUCAGAUGAAGAUGGGACACCGCCGCUCAUCUAUGCCAGCUGCUUUGGCCACGAAGGAGUGGUCAAGGCCCUCAUCGAUGCAGGCGCUAAUGUCAACAAGCAGGACCAGAAUCAAUGGAGCGCCUUGAUGUGGGCAAUGACAAAUCGCCACAAGAAUAUCGCUAAACUCCUUCUCGACAACGGUGCCUCCUCGGACCAGAAGACCUCGUCCGGCCGAACCGCGUUCGACUUUGUGCCUCCCGACAGCGACAUGUCCUUUUACCUUCAUGACAACGGUUACAACAUUGGUAACGCUGGAAUGGGCGACGACUUUUACAACCCGGGAUUCUCUCAAGAUCGAUUCGAAGAAGAGAUGGCCGAGAACGAGAUGCGCCGCCGUCUCAUGAUGGAAAGUGCGCGCGACCUGGAAGUUGAUCUGGGCAACGUAGGAAUGGAUGACCAACCCGAGCCCGCGGAAGAACUCGAAGAAGAGCAACAAGAGUUCGACUGGGGAAGGUGCUUACAUGACCAAAUGUUUGUUUUCCAGGAGCACGAACUCGACCGCAUACUCGACAUUAUUAUUACCAAGAUGACACCGCAACGGUCGCCAUCGCAAAAACCGGUUCCAGCAAAUAUGAUUUUCCUCAGCGCGCGAUAUGCGCACUAUCACGCUAGUCCAGAGCUUUUGGAACGAUUACUGGUCUCCUCUAUGGACCUUAUUAACGACAAGGUCGAGGCAUGCCAGUGGGACAUGACCAUUCUAGCUUUCUGGAUCUCUAAUGCGACAUUACUGCUACACUACCUCAAAAAGGAUGCAGGCCUAGUCGAGGCAACGUCAGAAUUCCAGACACAGCUGGCAGAGCUCAUUAACGAGAUUUUCAUUCUCAUUGUGCGCGAUGCUGAGCGACGUCUAGACAAGGUUUUGGACCCAGCCAUGUUGGACCACGAGACGAUCCCUGGCUUUGAGGACAUUACCUUUCAAAACGAGUGGAAGCUAUUUAAGCGAAAGAUUACAGUCAAGGAGGAGCCACUGGAAAAGCGGUAUAGACCACCGUCGCCCAAGCAGAGAGCCAAACCGUCGCCGCGCAACGUGACAUCGCUACUGUCCUCGACGGUGUUUGUGCUGGACUUGUACGACAUUCAUUCGGUGAUUACGACACAAAUCAUUUCGCAACUACUGUACUGGAUCGGGGCCGAGCUGUUCAACCGCGUCAUGUCAAAUAGGAAAUACUUGGCGAGGACCAAAGCUAUGCAGAUUCGCAUGAAUGUUUCACUUUUGGAAGAGUGGGCUCGAACCAACAACAGGCAAGCCGAGCACUACGAAGGCGGCGAGACAAAGUCGACGGGAGAAACUACAGCAGACGCAAGCAGGCGUCAUCUGGCACCCGUCAUCCAGCUGUUGCAGUGGCUACAGUGCUUUUCGUCGCUCGUCGAGGACGACCUCGAGGCGCUCGUGGGGACUCUGCAGCAGCUUAAACGACUGACACCACAGCAGCUAAUUCAUGCGGCGACGCAUUAUCGCGCAGAAGUGGGCGAGAAGCGACUUCCCAAGAGCGCGACCAAGUACCUGUUGGAGAUUCAAAAGGAGGCGGCGCUGAAACGAGACCGGCGGCGGAGCCGAGCCGCGUCGCCACUGCCCAAAACAGGCGGUCCCGACACGAGUGUGCCCUCGACCCCAAUCAAGAAGAAUGGCGGCGGCAAUGGACUGGGCGCGUCGCCCCCGAGCGCGCAGAGCACGCCGGCACGAGGGGGCUACGAUGCCGACGCCGACGACUGGGACGACGACGAGGCGCCACCGAACUUGCUGAUGGACCCCGCGCUGAUGCUGCCGUUUACGCUGCCUUCGGUGACGGACAUGCUGAUUUCGUACGGGGCGGGAUUUGGCGGCGUCAACAGGGAGCGGGAACGCAAGUACAUUCCAACGGUGCCGCCCGAGUUCCUGGAGAAGCUCGAGGUGGCGGGCGGCGGUGGACGCAAGGACCCCAUGUUUGCGGAGAAGGACUGGGAGAAUGAGGAGGUUUAA